GACAUGUAGCUUUAAGCUGUUGCUACGGGGUCAUGGCUUGGUUAUCAAUCAAUCAAUGGAUCAAUCAAUCAAGCAUUCAUUUUGUUCUUCCUUCAGAUCCCUCCAUGCUGACAGACAUGCUGAAAGGAAACUUGACCAACAUCCUGCCCAUGAUCGUCAUAGGUGGAUGGAUCAACUGGACCUUCUCAGGAUUUGUAAUCACCAAGGUCCCCUUCCCGUUGACGUUACGCUUCAAGCCCAUGCUCCAGCGUGGCGUAGAGCUAGCCUCCCUGGAUGCCUCCUGGGUCAGCUCCGCCAGCUGGUACUUUCUGAAUGUCUUUGGUCUGCGGAGUGUCUACUCGUUGAUACUCGGGGAAAAUAACGCGGCUGACCAGGCUCGCUUGAUGCAGCAACAGAUGAGCAUGAGCCAGCCAAUGGGAGCCAACCCUGACCCCAUGAAGGCAUUCAAGGCGGAGUGGGAAGCCUUGGAAAUCUGUGGUCAUAAAUGGGCCCUGGAGAACGUCGAAGAUGAACUCAUCGAAAGAAGCCCCACUCCCAUCGUGCCCUACGGCCAACACAACUUCUUAACCAAGAUGAAAGUCAAAUGAACAAGCCCCCGUACCCCCAACAUCCCUCAAAAGAGAAUCUAUAAUCUACUUUAAUCGAGACCACAGGCACUUACCAAUUCACAUACAGUUUGUGGAGAGAGGAAGCUUUUCCUUUACUAAGAUCCCCAAAAGACGUAAUGUUUCACAGGAGUCGGAUUUGCUGCAACAUUUGGGUGUUUCUUGAACAAUUUGGCAGUCAGCCAGUUGAGAUUCAAACAGUUGUUAUUGAGAUCAUUCAAUAACAAAGCACCUGAAGUCCUCCCAACACCAGCUUGAAUAUGUUCAGUGUAUGCGAGUCUGCAUAAAGGCUGCUCUGAUAGGAUCGACAUCACAUGAACGUGUUGCUGUCCUUGAAUGACCUACAGUGUGCUUAAUUAUGUGCAUGCAGUGUUGGAAUACUCAACUGGCUCAGUGAGCAUGAUUCAAUAUGUACCUCUCUCUCUCCGGAAGAAUACUUAGGAAAAUAAGCUGUUGGAUGCCAAUUAUUAAAGAAAGGACCUCUCUGUGAUGUCCACCUGAUGCCUAAUUUACUUGGAUCACUGUACCCCCAAUCUUGACUUACCAUUGUAUAAGUGCCAACGCAAACCUGUCUGUCAGAUGAACAGUUGACUGUGACUUCAGAUGACGCUGCGGAAUUGUCACCCAUUUGGUUCAUCCCAAGUUAUUCCUAGGAGAAGCCACUGCAACUUGUGUUGUUACAGGGCUUAUUUAUUGGGGGGGUAUUAAAUGUAAUUUGAUUUGAGAAAAUCAAGAUCUGAGUUGCUUUGGGCUCUUCACAUAAGUUUGACCACAGUAUUUCUUUUUCACGUUGGUAGUUUUGAGUACUAAAGUCAUUUAAUGACGAAUAAUUUAAGAACAAAUCAGACUGCUAUUCUUCAUCACUACUGUGUUAAAUUAUGAACACCUGUAGAGAAAUAAAUCAGUUUCGUGGAAUUGGAAUUUUA